UCUCGCUUCCGCACCACUUCCGUAAAGAGCUAAACUCCAUCUCUCCUCCUCCUCCUCCUCCUUUCCCUUCUCCUUCUGCAAGUUCGUGUGGUCGAAAUCGCUUCACCAGUCAACCCACUCGCACCAGUCGGGCACAGGUCACGAGCAGGCGCGAACAUGUCCGCGGCCUUUCCUUCGGUCCGCGCGGUUUGUCGCCCCGGCUCCUUCGCCGGGGAGAAGCGCGGCCCCCCGCCGGCGGCGGCCUCCGGCAAGCUCGCCUCCGGUUUCCUCGGAUCAGCCUGGAAGCUCCGGUUCGGAGCCCUCCCCGCCCGGCGUCGCGGGUCGUCCUCCGUCGUCGUCGCGGUCUCGGACGUCGUCAAGGAGAAGAAGCCCAAGCGUUCCUCUUCCUCGUCUUCGGAUUUGCUUAUCACGAAAGAAGAAGGGUUGGAGCUGUACGAGGACAUGGUUUUGGGCAGGACUUUUGAGGAUAUGUGCGCUCAGAUGUACUACAGAGGCAAGAUGUUCGGCUUCGUCCACCUCUACAAUGGCCAGGAGGCUGUGUCUACUGGGUUCAUCAAGCUCUUGAAGCAAGAAGAUUGCGUGGUCAGUCACUACAGGGAUCACGUUCAUGCGCUGAGCAAAGGGGUUUCCGCUCGUGCGGUGAUGAGCGAGUUGUUCGGCAAGACGACCGGCUGCUGCAGAGGCCAAGGUGGCUCUAUGCACAUGUUCAGCAAAGAGCACAAUUUGCUUGGCGGGUUUGCCUUCAUCGGCGAAGGGAUUCCGAUUGCCACAGGGGCUGCUUUCACCUCGAAGUACAGGAGGGAGGUCUUGAAAGAAGCCGACUGUGAUCAUGUCACGGUCGCGUUCUUUGGAGACGGGACCUGUAACAAUGGACAGUUCUAUGAGUGCUUGAACAUGGCCGCAUUGUGGAAGUUGCCUAUCGUGUUCGUGGUGGAAAACAAUCUGUGGGCAAUCGGGAUGUCUCAUCUGAGAGCGACUUCUGAUCCGCAGAUUUGGAAGAAGGGGCCUGCGUUUGGAAUGCCCGGUGUCCAUGUUGAUGGUAUGGACGUGUUAAAGGUGAGGGAGGUUGCCAAGGAGGCUAUUGGAAGAGCAAGGAGAGGGGAGGGUCCUACAUUGGUCGAAUGCGAAACUUACAGAUUUAGGGGACACUCUUUGGCCGAUCCUGACGAGCUUCGUGAUCCUGCUGAGAAGGCUCACUAUGCUGCAAGGGAUCCCAUCGUAGCCUUGAAGAAGUACAUUCUCGAAAGCAAUCUGGCAAGUGAAGCCGAGCUAAAAGCCAUUGACAAGAAGAUAGAUGAGAUUAUAGAGGAUGCCGUGGAAUUUGCUGAUGCAAGCCCUAUUCCACCCAGAAGCCAGCUACUAGAGAACGUGUUUGCUGAUCCUAAAGGCUUUGGUAUCGGCCCCGACGGAAGAUACCGGUGUGAGGACCCCAAAUUCACAGAAGGGACUGCCCACGUCUAAGCCUUUGUCAUUCUUCGGUUCUCUUUUGCCUCUUGUUUUGGCGUGUGCGAAAGGUAUAUGAGACCCUUUUCCUUGUUAGAUCAUCUCCUCCUCCUCGUCUUCAGCUUCGAUUGCUCUUAGGUUUGCUUCUUUGAUUACUCUUAGGGCCCUGCCAUUAGCUCCUUCUCAGCUUCGGUCGACAUAGAAUCAAGUAUGGGGUCGAGCUGCUUAGGCUGGACGAUGAGUACGUGCAUCAUUUCCCUCUGCAUUAAAGUAAGUAGACCUGGUUGCAAUGUAGUCGAUGAUGAUCAUGUGGAAGCAAUUUUCUUUCAUUUUGGUCGGACCGAUGGCUUCAAAUCUCAUCGAAUCCAUUUCGGUUUCCAGCCAUUAACGUGAAGCCAACUUUUAAAGGA